AUGUAAAGAUUUGUCCCUCCUCUUUCUUAAUCAACUGUAGCUUUAACACCUGUUGCCUAAGUUUCCUAAUUAGUAGGAUAAGUUCCCUAAUUAGUAGGAUAAGUUCCCUAAUUAGUAGGAUAAGUAGUUAGUCCAUAAUUAGUUUAAUCUUCAGUUGUAGUUGCUCCUUAAUUAGUAUCUUCAGGAGUUGUGAAAUAAUAAAUGUAACCAGUUUUAGGCUAAUCAAGAUUAGAACACAUCCCAUACUAAAGAAAAGUCGUCGAUUACGAAUAAUAAGUAAGUACAACAAUAGUUCCUAAAGAAAGAUUAGUAUAAGAUUAUUAUACAAUUGAACAUUAAGUAAGUUAUAUUCCUAAUGUAAUUUAGGAACCAUAUGUAGAUUAUGUCCCUGUGUAAAGAUAUAAAUAAAGAGUUGAAUACAAUGCUGUUGAAUCAAGCAGAGCUAUUACAUAACCAAAUUAUAAUCCUUAAUAAGGAUAAAUUUCUACAGUUUAUACAGGAGCAAAAUAUUCUGGAUAGGCUGGUUAUACUUAAUAAUAGGCUGGUUAUGCUGGAUAUUAGAAUAAUUAAGCAGGAUAAUAGGCUAGUUAUAUUGGAUAAUAAGUUGGUAAUGCUGCUUAUGCUUAUGGGAACGCUUAUGAUGGAUAAUAAGCUGUUUAUGGAGGAGUUUAUAAUUCUGCUUAUGUCACUCCUGGAUACGGAUAAUAAUAUUAUUAAAGAUGA